UGCCCAAAGAUCUUCCAUUGUAGUGUAGUCGCACACUAGUUUAUAUGCGCCGGUGACACACUGCCCGCUUACUGAGUAGCUCAAUAGCAAAAUAGCAAGCUCGAUACACAUACACAGGACUCUGAAUGAGUACAACAAAUCACUGGUUUAUAAACAUCAAAAUUACGUACGUUAGAUUCGCAAGGUGUACCUAUGUCAAUAUAACUGGACGUACAUACAGAUACAUUACACACGACAUGCAU